AUGUGGACGAAAUACAUUUUUUCUUUUGCCUUUUUAUAUAUCUUCUCAGAAUGCCCGACAAUUACAGCCGACGGGCUUCUUGGUUGUGGAGGAUUUGUAAAAUCUGAUAUUGAUAUUAAUUUUUCUUUGGUUGAGGUCAAACUGUACACCACACAUGGCAGUAUAAAGUACGCUACAGACUGUGCCCCUGUCACGGGAUACUACCUGAUUCCACUCUAUGACAAGGGUCAGUUUCUGCUGAAGGUUGAACCACCCAAAGGAUGGAGUUUUGAGCCUAAAGCUGUGGAGCUUCACGUGGAUGGCACCAGUGACCCGUGCAGUCUUGGGGAGGACAUCAACUUCAAGUUCACCGGAUUCUCCAUCUACGGCAAGGUUCUAAGCAAGGGUCAGACGACUGGACCGAAAGACGUAAAAGUCUCGCUAACGCUGGCUGGGUCGAAUAGCCCACUGUAUACAUCAGUUACAGAUGAAUCAGGAAGCUAUAUUUUUUCUGAAGUGUUACCAGGAGAAUAUACCAUUGCUGCUUCACAUGCCAGGUGGAAGUUUCAAAAUGCAAAAACCCAAGUCCAAAUAACGAAUGAGAACGCCCACCUUGCUAACAACCUUAUGGUGGCUGGAUACGAUGUUACGGGCAAAGUCUCAAGUGAUGGAGAGUCUGUCAAGGGAGUUAACUUCAUUCUGUUCUCUAGCACUGUGAAGGCUGAGGCUAUAGAAGACUGCGACAAAUCUCCCGUGAAGGGGUUCACGUCACCGGAAGCUGUCAGACCUCUCUGUCACGUGACAUCAAAGAGCGACGGAACAUUUAUAUAUCCAACACUACCAACCGGAAAAUAUUUCAUUGUUCCAUUCUACAAGGGCGAUUACAUUACGUUCGAUGUUGUUCCAGGGAAACUUGAAUUUGAAGUCCAGCAUGAAUCUGUAAAGCUGCAAAAAUCAUUCCAAGUGUCUGGCUUCUCAGUCAGUGGUCGAGUGCUGGACAGUGUAAAGGGUCGUGGAGUUUCCAAGGCUAGAGUGAUGCUGGACGGGAAGUUUCAGACGAACACGGACGAGCAGGGGAUCUAUCACCUGGAGAACAUGAAGACUGGUUCCUACAAAAUCCGUGUGGAGGUGCAGAACAUUUACUUUGAUGAGAUGUUGGUGAAGAUUACUCCUAACACACCACAGCUUCCCGACAUUAUUCCUUCAAGCUUCAACUUGUGUGGUAAAGUUGCAAUUGACAGAUUUCCCGAAGUUCUUGGCAAGCUGCCAACACAGCGACGGGUCAUCUACUUCCCCGAGAGUAAGAAGUCUGAUGCCGUUUCCAUCACAACAGAGAGCGAUGGCAAAUUCUGUACCAAGGUGAAACCAGGAAAAUAUGUCAUUAAGGUUCACAUUGCGGACACGGAGAUGAAAGCGGGACUGCGUCUGUCUCCAGCCGAGCGUGUCGUCACAGUCAGCACCCAGCCCGUUCUGGACGUCAUCUUCUCGCAGUUCAGGGCGAAAAUAUCAGGCUCUCUACUCUGUCUGGAAAAAUGUCGUCCUAUUGAUGUGUCGCUGGAUGCUGUUGGCAGAAGUGACAUGAAACAGGUUAUCCAGGGUAAGGAAGUGGAAAAUGGAGCAGUGUUCACCUUUGAAAAUGUUUUGCCAGGAAAGUACAAAGCUUCAAUUCUGCACGACAGUUGGUGCUGGAAGAACAAGACGAUAGACAUCGAAGUUGUCGACAAAGACCUGACCGGAGUCGACUUCUUACAGACCGGUUACAUCCUCAAGUGUAGCGUGUCGCACGAAAUUACCAUGAAUUUUGCCCAUGACAAGAAGUCUGGUAGUGUUGGGUCGUUUCCCCUGAAUAAAGGAACAAACCGGUUCUGUCUGGCUCAGCCCGGCAUGUACAAGUUAACACCAGAUUCAUGUCACAAGUUUGACAAGGAAGUCUACACAUACAACACGUCAAACCCGGCUGUGUUAACUCUGAUGGCAAUCCAACAUCUAGCCACCGGAUCGGUGAGGACCGAAGAUAAAGCAGACGACAUCAUCAUCACUAUCAGAUCCUCUGUCCAUGAUGCACCAACCGUACUCGAUUCCCUUACGGCCAAGCAAGUGGAUUCUGGGAAGGAUCAGAAAGCAGAUGCCGUGAAGGGCCCGUUUGACUAUAAUUUCUCAUACUGGGCAAGGACAGGAGAAAAGCUGGAGAUUUCCAUCCAAUCAAAAGAACUGUUAUUUUAUCCAGCCCAACUGACGGUCACCAUCAUGGGAGAUGCCUGCCCAGGAGAGGUGGCCACAUCCCAAGGCAAGAGGGGAGUGUUUAUCACAGGGGAAGUAAAGCCUGCCCUGGAGGGAGUCACUAUCACGGUAACGGCCAACUCGUCGGCUAAACCGACCGUCUUCACAACAGAUUCAUCAGGAAAAUUCAGGAUCGGUCCACUCCACCGUGAUGUCCAGUACGAAGUAACCGCCACCAAGGACGGCUAUCAGCUGACCAGAGAGGAUGGACCCCUGUAUAACUUCAGGGCCUUCAAGCUGGGCCAAGUCUCCGUACAGGUUGUGGAUGAUGAAAAGAAGCCAUUAAUAGCUGUGCUGCUGUCUUUAAGUGGAGGAAAUCAGUACAGAAGUAACAACCUCACGGCAGCUGAUGGGAAGAUGAUAUUUAUGGCACUGAGCCCUGGUCAGUAUUUUCUGCGCCCGAUGAUGAAGGAGUACCGGUUCGAGCCUCCGUCGCAGAUGUUGGACGUCCAGGAAGGUAGUACAAAGCAGCUGACCAUCAAGGGGUCAAGGGUCGCAUUCAGUUGCUAUGGUAAAGUGACUUCUCUAAAUGGAGAACCAGAACAAGGUCUGCUUGUGGAGGCUGUCGGCCAAGAUGGGUGCUCCAUGUAUCUGGAGGAAAGUAAAACAGAAGCAGAUGGUCGUUACCGAAUUAGAGGCCUUGAGCCAAAAUGUGUGUAUGAGGUGAAGCUGAAGUCCGGUGAGAUGAACACUCAUGUGGAGAGAACUGUACCGAAGUCUAGAAUUGUAAUGAUUGAAAACAAGGAUCUUGUUGAAAUGAACAUCAUAGCGUUCCGUCGAAUGAGUCAAGUUGACGUCAGCGGUAACAUUGUCACGCCCAUCGAACAUCUGCCAACCAUCAAGAUUCGACUAUUCCGGGAAGAUAACCCCGACUCGCCAAUACACACGAUCAGUCUGUCGAAAGUCAGCUUCUUCUACCUGCCUUCCCUGCAGUUUGAUGGCACGAAAUACACGCUGAGACUUGAAACAACUCUGUCGAGAUCAGCUUAUGAUUACGUCCUGCCAGAAGUGGAGUUCACAGCCAACACUUCCUACCAACACUUCACUGUCAGGUUCCAGCCCACGAGAAAGCCCGGGGAGCAGGAACUGUCGCGAGGAUCGUUCUUGAUUCUACCUCUGACUCUUCUCACUGUCUUCCUAGCCUACAACUACCAGAAGGUUCUGCCGUAUGUAUCCCAGUACAUGGGUAAAGUGAUGCAGUCUUGGGCCAGUGGAGCGCGACCACAGACUGUGUCGGAGGCUCCGAUACCAGAACAGCUUGAUAUGGACGAUAGCAUCAUCGUAAAGAAGAAAGUGAAACCGCGCAAGACAUGAUGAAAACAGACAUUAGAUUUAAAAACUAUUAAAUUAAAUAUUUUUGUUGUAUCAGGGAGAGCAAGUGUAUGGUGGGGAAAGACUUGAUGAAAACAGACAUUAGAUUUAAAAACUAAUAAAUUAAAUAUUAUUGUUGUAUCAGCGAGAGCAAGUGUAUGGUGGGGUAAGUUACUUUCCUGAAAAGCACAAAGAAAAAGACUUGAUGAAAACAGACAUUAGAUUUAAAAACUAUUAAUAUUAUUAUUGUUGUGCGAGGGUUGUGCCUAGCGUGGAAUGAUGGGGUAAGUUUCUUGCCUGAAAAACAAAAAAAAGUCAGACUUUGCAAGACAUCAUGAAAAUAGACAAUUAGAUUUAAAAACUAUUAAUAUUUUAUCAGGGUUGUAAACGUACCUUGCAAGACCUGAUGAAAACAGAUCUAUAUUAGAUUAAAAACUAUUAAAUUAAGUAACAUUAUUGUUGUAUCAGACUCAGAGAUAGCAAGGAAAUGGUGGGGUAAGUUGUGCCUGAAAAACACAAAGAACAUUGCAAGACAUAAUGAAAACGGACAUUAGAUUUAAAACUUAAUAAUAUUAUUGUUGUAUCAGGUCUGUACCUAGCAGAGAUAGCAAGGGAAUGGUGGAGGUAAGUUGCAUGCUUGAAAAGCACAAAGAAAAAAGUCAAAUGACUUGCAAGACAUGAUGAAAACACACAUUAGAUUUAAAAACUGUUAAUACUAUUAUUGUGUCAGGGUUGUGCCUAGUGGCGAUAGCAAGUGUGUGGUAUGGUGGGGUGAGUCGCUUCCCUGAAAAGCACAAUGAAUGCCCUUUUCAGUUUAUUUAUUUCAACUUAAUUUUCGUACUUGUAUUCAUGCCUGCUGCCCUGGGCACACACCUCAGCUGUCUAGGACAGUGGGUUAGUGGUUAGUUAGAGCAAAGGAAGUGCAGUGACCGUACUGAACUGUUAAAACUCACUGUGGGUAGAAGCCAGUACGAGGGUGUGAACUUGGUACCCCCAACUCUUAGGGCCAAUGACUUAACCACUAUGGCAGUUUACCUGGAGAAGACCUGUGUCCAAAUCUGUAUGUUACUGUCCCCACCUCCACCAUUAUUUAGGCUAAGCAUGGCUCUGUUUAUCAAUUGUAUUUAAGGGCUGUUCUAGAAAUUAUCUAAUGGUGAGAGAUUAGGAACAAUGGUUUCUAACAUCAGACCCUAUAUUAAUGUGUCCAAAUCCUUAUGUUACUGCCCCCCACCUCCACCAUUAUUUAGGCUAAGUACAUGUAUGGCUCUAUUUAUCAACUGUAUUUGAGGGCUGUUCUAGAAAUUAUCUCAUAGGGAGAGGUUAGGGACCAUGGUUUUCUAACAUCAGAUCCUAUAUUAAUGUGUCCAAAUCCUUAUGUUACUGCCCCCCACCUCCACCAUUAUUUAGGUUAAGUACAUGUAUGGCUCUGUUUAUCAGUUGUAUUUAAGGGCUGUUCUAUAAAUUAUCUCAUAGGGAGAGAUUAGGGACCAUGGUUUUCUAACAUCAGAUCCUAUAUUAAUGUGUCCAAAUCCUUAUGUUACUGCCCCCCACCUCCACCAUUAUUUAGGCUAAGUACAUGUAUAGCUCUGUUUAUCAGUUGUAUUUAAGGGCUGUUCUAUAAAUUAUCUCAUAGGGAGAGAUUAGGGACCAUGGUUUUCUAACAUCAGACCUGAUAUUAAUGUGUCCAAAUCCUUAU